AUGACGAUUGGCACCUUUGCAACCGACAAAAAGGCUCUGCCGUUCUCCGAGCAGCACUAUUUCUCUUCUUAUGACCAUUUCGGGAUCCAUGAGGAGAUGCUGAAAGACACCGUCCGUACGCUCUCGUACCGGAAUGCAAUCAUGAAGAACAGAAAUUUGUUCAAGGACAAGAUCGUUCUUGAUGUGGGCUGUGGAACAGGUAUUUUGUCCAUGUUUGCGGCCAGAGCCGGAGCCAAGCACGUCAUUGCUGUGGACAUGUCCAAUAUCAUCGAUAUGGCCCAGAAAAUCGUCGAUGUUAAUGGAUUCUCCGACAAGAUCACACUGCUCAGAGGAAAAUUGGAGGACGUUGAGAUGCCAUACGAUAAGGUGGAUAUAAUCAUUUCCGAGUGGAUGGGUUACUUCUUGUUGUACGAAUCCAUGCUGGACACUGUUCUGGUUGCUAGAGACAGAUACUUGAAGCCAGACGGACUCAUUUUCCCAGAUAAGGCCAACAUCCAAGUGGCUCUUAUUGAAGACGGUAGCUACAAGGAUGAAAAAAUAUUCUACUGGGAAAACGUUUACGGAUUCGACUAUUCCCAGUUCAUUCCGCUUGUGAUGUCCCAGCCAUUAAUCGAGACCGUGGAAAACAAGGCUGUGGUGACAAACCACUACAAGCUCAUCGAGUUCGACCUUAAUACCGUUACCAUCGAAGACCUGGCUUUCCACGAGCAAUUCCGGUUGAAAGCCACUAGAGACGACUCUGCCCACGCUUUGGUUGCAUGGUUCGACAUUGAAUUUCCGAGCGACGAGCCACAGAAUAAGGUGUGUUUUUCCACCGGCCCACAUGUCAAUUACACCCAUUGGCAGCAGACCAUUUUUUAUCUUGAUCAAGUCUUAGACUUGAAGAAAGGCGAAACCGUGGAGGGCUCGCUGGCUUCCAGACCGAACGAGACCAACAACAGAGAGCUCGACAUCGAGCUCACGUGGGAUUUCAAAGCUUCCGGAGAUUACGAUUCUCGUCAGCAGGUUGGAAAAUACAAUUACUUCUUACGGUAA